AGGGGGAGGACAACCUUUCUGCAGACGCAUUACCUACCACCACCGGAUAUUCAGCACAUAUCAAUCAGCCUCACUCGAAGCCAGAAAAUGUCCUCAUCCUCCACCUCCGCCUCCUCCUCCUCCCCCUCGGCGAUAAAUACCAAGAUCCCUUUACCCGAACAGGCAGAUAUCUUCCGCGAGAUGCUUUUCCGCCUGGACCAUCCGGUGGUGCUGAGCACGCAGCAAUUCGCCGAAUACUGGCCGUUGGUCGACACGGUAUGGACGAAGAUCGGCGGUAGCACCGUACAGCGACACGGUGCCAUCCGCGUACAGCACUACGAAUGCCGCCUGCGCAAGAGCAAGAAGACGGGCACGAACAUUUCGCGAAAAGACGGACGAGUGGUGAAGCCGCGCAGCACCGAGGCACGCGUCAAGGAUCUCUGCCAGGUGCAGAUGAAAAUCACGCAUACGAUUCCGGAAUCCAGCAGUGAGCCCGUCAAAGUCGUGGUGGAAAGAAAGACCUCCGCCGCACACACCCACAGCCUUGACGAAAUCUUUCGCAUCUGUGGCCUGCCGUCCGUCGUCAAGCAAGUUAUCGUCUCGGAGGUCAAGAAAAAUCGUUACACCGCGUCCCAGAUCUUUCGCGCGCUGAAAGGCAUCAAUAAAACUGAAGGCGCAGACUCAAAUUUGGAGGCUGCUGGCGGUAGCUCCCUUACAAGGAAAGAUAUACAGAAUGCGAAACGCGGUAUCAAACUUAGCGAUAAUCGGUCCAUUUUAAACGACACCGACAUCCGAUCCGACGUUCAACCUUGAAGUGCAAGGUCUCCUGCCUUCUAGAGAAGACUUGUAACUUGAGACUUGUUUGCCGAGAAUGUUUUGUUUCAUCUCUAUGUAUUUUAUUUCUGUCGCGACGUUUUGCUGAGCGUGCUGUGUGGUGGUGUCGCAGAGUCCUUUUCUCUCCCAAUGCCUUCUGGUCCUAAUUCCCUUAUCGCCUAUCUCCUAUCUUAUCCAUCGCUCCAUCCUUAUCCAUCCAUCUUAUCUCAUUUAGAUAUCACCCCCUAAUACUAUCGUGGCAAACAACAACCUGGAUAUGGGAAAUGCCAAGAGUUGAGG